UACAAAAUUUAGUCGCACUCCAGACAGCGCAAAGUGUAGACGUGUCCAAGCAAUUGGAACAACGCAACGCCAUUCGCAUUGGAUAUUUCGUCAUAACAACAUUGUGACAGUGAAUUUACAUUUAUAUUUUUUCUGGACGUGAAAAGUGGGAGUGAAAUUUGACUAUUUUAAAUUUUGAAACUGUGAUCUUGACCGUUGAGCGGUUGUGAUUUUUGUUUUUUUUUGUGGAUUUUUGACAAUUCGACCGCCAUUUGGAUAAUUCCAGCAAAGGAGUUUUCAAACACCGCAAAUAUUUUUAACCACAGUGAGGAUUCGUGCGGACCAGUCACAGUCCGCCGAAACAUGGUUGCCGAGUUCAUCCUGAGCCAGCAACAGCUGCUGAGCGCAGGGGCCGGUGCAGCCCUAGGGCCCGCCCCAGUGCAGACCCGCGCUCCUCCACCACCGCGCGCUCGUCUCUCCGUCUCGCCGCAUUUCCCGAUGGACCAGGCCCCGCCCUCCAACGGCAGCAGCGGCGACAGCCACGACUACGGAGCCUUCGACUUCAAACGCAAAGACUUCUUCGGGCAACGCAAGCAACGCGAGUUCAUACCGGACAGCAAAAAGGACGACGGCUACUGGGACCGCAGGAGGCGCAACAACGAGGCAGCCAAGCGGUCUCGCGAAAAACGCCGCUUCAACGACAUGGUCCUGGAACAGCGCGUCGUCGAACUCUCGAAGGAAAACCACGUCCUCAAAGCACAAUUAGACGCCAUAAAAGAAAAAUACGGAAUAUGUGGAGAAAGCUUGAUAAGCAUAGACCAAGUCUUAGCCACCUUGCCAACGUGUGAUCAAGUUCUAUGUGUGACAAAGAGGAGUAAACUUUCAGGCACAGCCUUGUUUCCGGCCGCUCCUCCUCCGCCCCCGCCAGCUCCACCAGCUUCUCCCCCGUCUCCUCCACCACAACGCGCCCCAGAGCCAUACCAAGAAAGGAUUCCCGUACCCGAAGCAUACUACCCCCACCCUGCCCACUACGAACCUCCCGGUUCAGUUCUCAACUUGUCCAGAUCUCGACGUGCCCCGUCUCCUUAUGAGCUAUCUUCCUUAUCUGGAUCCGGAGACGAGACCGCCGAGCAGUACGCCCCAGAAAACAACUGCCUUCCUUUGAAACUGCGCCACAAAUCUCACCUCGGCGACAAGGACGUCGCUAGCGCUCUGCUAUCCCUCCAGCACAUAAAGCAGGAGCCGGGGCCCAGGUCGUCCCCCUCCUGGGACGGCGAGGGCUCGAGCGACGAGCGCGACUCCGGGAUCUCACUAGGAGCAGAAUACAGACCGCAACCGGAGAGGCAUCCGGAGGAGGAGGACGCGCAUUUGAAGGCUGAGCUGGCACGGCUGGCCACAGAGGUGGCGACGCUCAAGAACAUGAUGCACCAGAACAAAACCCGCGCGCACGAGCACUGAGCGCGCCGGCCGCCGCCCUCACCCGCCUCGCCGCCCUCGCCGCUCUUCGGCUGACCAAGUUACCACGUUGUAAAGAGAUGUUAUAUUGUAUGAUAUCGUGCAGCUGUAAUCGGCUAAGCCGUCUCGCCUAUCGUAACCCUUCCUAGUAGUUGUAUGUCAUACUCGUAGAAUAUGGACGCGCGUACCUCCAAUGACGCCCGAUCCUCACACUGCACACUUUUCGAGCAGAUAAAACGUAUCUACUCAGUGAUAGAAUUAAAAAUGCAUUUUUUAGUGAUGAGAUAUGUAUAUGUAAUAUAAGUUAUAGAAGUAGAUCUGUUUCAUCUAUUCGAAGAUUCGAUAGUGAAAAACGAUGGCUAAAGACUAUUUCUCUUCUAAGUUAUAGCUUGUAAGAUCUAAUUAAGUCCCACUUAGUUUGUUAUUUAUGGAUAUAAAUAUGUAUAUAUCUCGAACCGAGAAAUCCGAUAAGUUCCAAACCAAAAAAAAAAAAGAUCCUCUGAGUCGAUGGAAUCGCGAUGUAUUUAAGAUGUAAACCCAUUAUCACGUCAACAGAUUGUAUUUAAUAUUCAGUAUAAGUAUACCAGUGCCUUUGUCAAUACAUACAUACCUUUAUACUAAUAGCUACCUAAAGGAAAUAUUUUUGUACAUUUAUAAGAAGAAAGAUGCGAUUUCAUUCAUUAUUUAUCAUUGUCAAGUCGAUCCUUAACACGUGUCGCCGAAUCAGACGAACUCGAUACGAAAAAUGGUUUUAGAUUUUGUAAAUAGUUUAUCGUGUGUUGGCUAUCGAGUUAGGAUGUGACUGCGAAACAUGGUAGGGUAUAUACAAAAACAUUAAAUGUCGAAUCCUAAGAAGGCUAGUUGAGUAUUUCAGUAUAUGUUCCGUAGUAUUGCCCUAUAGGGCAUGUGAUAGGACUGAAGGGAGUAUGUAACUAACUAUUUAAUUUAUUGUUCGGACCGUGAAGGAGGAUUUUACAAUUUAUUAUCUUUGUAUAAGAAAAACUACGAUAUGAAUAAAUUGUGUACAUUAAAAAACUUA